AACGCACCCGGACCACCUUCCUCCGACCCAGGGAAACAAAUGCUCUGGCCAGCCUGGGUCUACUGCACGAGAUACUCCGACAGGCCAUCCUCCGGUCCACGUACGCGGAGAGUGAAGAGGACAGGUGAUUCACGUGGAAGCGGUACUACGCCCGAGGAGAAACGACCUAGAACGGCUUUCAGUGGCGAACAAUUGGCAAGAUUGAAACGAGAAUUCGCAGAGAAUCGUUACCUGACCGAACGUCGUAGGCAACAGCUCUCGAGGGAUUUAGGAUUGAACGAGGCGCAAAUAAAAAUUUGGUUCCAGAAUAAAAGGGCAAAGAUUAAAAAGGCCAGCGGACAGAAAAAUCCAUUGGCGUUGCAGCUUAUGGCCCAGGGAUUGUACAAUCAUUCGACCGUGCCGUUAACGAAGGAGGAAGAGGAACAGGCAGCCGAGCUACAAGCGAAAUGACGAUUAUAGAGACGAUUAUAGUGCGGCCAUCCGUAGAAUUAUUUCUACUCGUCGAUCCGAUUGCCGAAAUAACGGAUUUAAAUCUUCAGGGUUCCUCUUUUAGUCAUUUCCUCUCGCGCGUUACUCGACAAAGGGGUUCACGAGGGAACGACUUGGGUAUAUAUAAUAUUAUCUAUGUGCGUUCGAGAAUUCUUUUUGUUUUUCUUUUUCUUUAUCUAGACUUUUUUGUUUCACUUUUUUUUCUUUCUUUUUUUUUUUUUUUAGACCUUUGACUCUUUGACUCUUUGACUCUUUUCGUUCCGCCCUUUGUUUAUUCGAAAUUAUUACCGAAAAGAUCGGACGGUUUAUUUCGACGUCCGAUCGUUUUAAUUAGUCUUAUCGAAUUUUAAUUCAUUCUUCCAAUCGACGUACUAUUUUCGUUUCAUUAAUUAAUGAUCCUUCUUCGAUCAUCGUUUUAUAUAUAUAUAUAUAUAUAUAUAUAUAUAUAUAUAUAUAUAUAUAUAUAUAUGUAUAUCUUUACGAAGAACACAGAAACAAGAGUACACAACACCAACACACAACCAACGUCCCUCGAACCUUCACAGUGCCAUUUACGUACGUCUAAAGCAACCGUUUUCGAGGAUCGAGUGAAAAAUAAAAAAAAAGAAUAAAUAAAUAUCGUUUAUCCUUUCGUAGUACGAAGGAUAUAAUUAGUAAUUAUCGAACGCGUUCAGUUGAGAGACGAAGAAAACAAGGAAUGGAAAGAAGGAAUAUGCGUGUGCGCGUGCGCGUGCGUAUGUCUGUGUGUAUGUAUAUAUCUCUCCUAUUUCCCCGUCCCCUUACCCUUCUUUACAUCUCGCGAAAGAAAGAAAGAAAGAAAGAAAGAAAGAAAGAAAGAAAGAAAGAAAGAUAGAAAGAAAGUUAUACCGAUCGUCUUUUUCUCUCUCAUUAAUUUAUUGUAAAAAUGUAAAAUAACGUAGGGCACCGCGUGCGAGUGAUACCGGGGUGCGUUUUGCGACGUGCAAUAGAAUGUUAAUUAUUAUACAUUAGAAAAGAGGAGACAGUAGAUAAUAGAUAAGGGAUCGUACAUGUAUAAGUAUAUAAACUAUAUACGUAUAUAUAUAUAUAUAUAUGUAAUACAUAUAUAUGUAAUAUAUAUAUAUACACGCAUAUAUAUGUAUGUAUGUAUAGAUAUAUACAUAUACAUAUGCACGAUCGUACGAUGAAAAAAGAAAGAAGAGAGAAAAAAAAAGAAAAAAAGCGUCGUGUACAUAUCAUACCAUUUUAGCAUCGAGAAUUUCCUCCCACCUACCCCCUACAUGCCCGCCCCCGUCUCCCCCCUCACUCCUCUUCCCAUAGACUGUUUAAAAUUUAAACUUUAGCUAUUUAUUUACUUGUAUCGCACGAAAGCGUAGGCGUUUACGCGUUAGCGCCGAUCGCGCGACGAACUCAUACCUGUAAAAUUAUUUAAAGAAACAACAUAAUGAAAGAAAGAAACAGAGAAAAGGAUGGAAUAGAAAAAGAAGAAGAAGAAGAAGAAGAAGAAGAAGAUGUCGACGAGAAUGAUAAUGAUAAUGAUGAUGAUGAUAAUGAUGAUGAUGAUGAUGAUGAUGAUGAUGAUGAUGAUGAUGAUGAUGAUGAUGAUGAUCGUCAUCAUGAUGAUAAUGAUGAUGUUGUUUGGUGAUGAUAAUGAUGAUGUUGAUAAUAAUGAUAAUGAUGAUAAUGAUGAUGAUAAUGAUGAUGAUAAUGAUGAAAAGAACGGAUUAAAUAUUCCCAUUAUCGAGCUACGUUAAAAAAGGA